UUCUUCAUUCGAACCAAACACAUCCCAAACACGACGACAACGACAACACGAUGACAACGAACCGAUCCGCCAGAUUUCUGGUGUUGCUAGUGCUAACCUCGCUGGUGGCCAGCCAUCAGGCGAAUGCAGCCGCCGCGGGACUCAAGUGCGGCGGCAAGACUGCCGUUUGUGUGGGUCCGCUCUCGUAUCAGGACUGCCUGGACGAUGUCACCACUGGACCAGUGAUUUCCUGCGAGCCCAACACCCGCUGCGUCACCGAGGGCCUGCAGAUCUGUGUGCCAGUAAAGUCGGCCGCCGCCGAGGCACCCACAGCUGCCGUGGCCAAGAUGGUCACCAUCACCGAUAGCCCCGUCAGCGAGUCCGCUCCGCUGGUGGAUGCCGCCAGCUCUGGUGCUGUCGCCGGUGUAAGUGAGAUCUCCACCGAAGGACCGAGUGUUGCAUCUAGCGUCGCCGCCGAGUCAAGUGCUGCUCCGGAGGUGACAACCGCUGCACCGGCUGAGACCACCCAGGUGCCUGCUGAGACCACCACCCAAGCUGCCAUCGAGGAGACCACCACCACCCUUCCCGGCGAGGAGACAACCACCGACGCUGCCUGGGACUCCAACGUUCCCGCGGACACUACUCUGGCCCCCGGUUCGGACGGAACUAACCCAACCAUCGACCCCAACACCCCCCUGAACCCCAAUGCACCCGAAGGAUCUACUAACGAACCCGGUUUGGUCGAAACCACAAAUCCCGCUGAAACCACUGACGCCCCCGCAACCACUGCUGACCCGAACGCUCCGGAGGUGACGACUGUCGCCCCUGGAACACCUGCCGAUGUCUCGACUGCCGCUCCCGGAUCUCCUGUCGAGAGACCAACCGCUGCACCAGGAUCUCCUGUCGAAAGACCAACCGGUAAACCUGGAACUCCGCCUAAUGUCACGACCGCUGCCCCUGGAGCUCCUGUUGAGGGAUCUACCGCCGCCCCUGGAGCUCCUGUUGAGGGAUCUACCGCCGCCCCUGGAGCUCCUGUUGAGGGAUCUACUGCUGCCCCUGGAGCUCCUGUAGAAGGAUCUACUGCUGUCCCUGGUGCUCCUGUUGAAGGAUCUACUGCUGCCCCUGGUGCUCCUGUUGAGGGAUCUACCGCCGCCCCUGGAGCUCCAGUUGAGGGAUCGACUGUUGCCCCUGGAGCUCCUGUUGAGGGAUCUACCGCCGCCCCUGGAGCUCCUGUUGAGGGAUCUACCGCUGCCCCUGGUGCUCCUGUUGAGGGAUCGACUGCUGCCCCUGGAGCUCCUGUGGAGGGAUCUACCGCCGCCCCUGGAGCUCCAGUUGAGGGAUCGACUGCUGCCCCUGGAGCUCCUGUUGAGGGAUCUACCGCUGCCCCUGGAGCUCCUGUUGAGGGAUCUACCGCCGCCCCUGGAGCUCCUGUUGAGGGAUCGACCGCUGCCCCUGGUGCUCCAGUUGAGGGAUCGACUGCUGCCCCUGGAGCUCCUGUUGAGGGAUCGACCGCUGCCCCUGGUGCUCCUGUUGAGGGAUCUACCGCCGCUCCUGGAGCUCCUGUUGACGGAUCUACCGCUGCCCCUGGUGCUCCUGUUGAGGGAUCUACCGCUGCCCCUGGUGCUCCUGUUGAGGGAUCUACCGCCGACCCUGGAGCUCCUGUUGAGGGAUCGACCGCUGCCCCUGGUGCUCCAGUUGAGGGAUCGACUGCUGCCCCUGGAGCUCCUGUUGAGGGAUCUACCGCUGCCCCUGGUGCUCCUGUUGAGGGAUCUACCGCUGCCCCUGGAGCUCCUGUUGAGGGAUCUACCGCUGCCCCUGGAGCUCCUGUUGAGGGAUCUACCGCCGCCCCUGGAGCUCCUGUUGAGGGAUCGACCGCUGCCCCUGGUGCUCCAGUUGAGGGAUCUACCGCCGCUCCUGGAGCUCCUGUGGAGGGAUCUACCGCUGCCCCUGGUGCUCCUGUUGAAGGAUCUACUGCUGCCCCUGGUGCUCCUGUUGAGGGAUCUACCGCCGCCCCUGGAGCUCCUGUUGAGGGAUCGACCGCUGCACCUGGUGCUCCAGUUGAGGGAUCUACCGCUGCCCCUGGAGCUCCUGUUGAGGGAUCGACUGCUGCCCCUGGAGCUCCUGUUGAGGGAUCGACCGCUGCCCCUGGUGCUCCUGUUGAGGGAUCUACCGCCGCCCCUGGAGCUCCUGUUGAGGGAUCGACCGCUGCACCUGGUGCUCCAGUUGAGGGAUCUACCGCUGCCCCUGGAGCUCCUGUUGAGGGAUCGACUGCUGCCCCUGGUGCUCCUGUUGAAGGAUCUACCGCUGCCCCUGGUGCUCCUGUUGAGGGAUCGACUGCUGCCCCUGGAGCUCCUGUUGAGGGAUCUACCGCCGCCCCUGGUGCUCCUGUUGAAGGAUCGACCGCUGCCCCUGGAGCUCCUGUUGAGGGAUCUACCGCCGCCCCUGGUGCUCCUGUUGAAGGAUCUACCGCUGCCCCUGGUGCUCCUGUUGAGGGAUCGACUGCUGCCCCUGGAGCUCCUGUUGAGGGAUCUACCGCCGCCCCUGGUGCUCCUGUUGAAGGAUCUACCGCUGCCCCUGAAGCUCCUGUUGAGGGAUCGACCGCUGCCCCUGGAGCUCCUGUUGAGGGAUCUACCGCCGCCCCUGGAGCUCCUGUUGAGGGAUCGACCGCUGCCCCUGGUGCUCCAGUUGAGGGAUCAACUGCUGCCCCUGGAGCUCCUGUUGAGGGAUCUACCGCUGCCCCUGGAGCUCCUGUUGAGGGAUCUACCGCCGCCCCUGGAGCUCCUGUUGAGGGAUCGACCGCUGCCCCUGGUGCUCCUGUUGAGGGAUCGACCGCUGCCCCUGGUGCUCCAGUUGAGGGAUCAACUGCUGCCCCUGGAGCUCCUGUUGAGGGAUCUACCGCUGCCCCUGGAGCUCCUGUUGAGGGAUCUACCGCCGCCCCUGGAGCUCCUGUUGAGGGAUCGACCGCUGCCCCUGGUGCUCCAGUUGAGGGAUCUACCGCUGCCCCUGGUGCUCCUGUUGAGGGAUCUACCGCUGCCCCUGGUGCUCCUGUUGAGGGAUCGACUGCUGCCCCUGGUGCUCCUGUUGAGGGAUCUACCGCUGCCCCUGGAACUCCUGCUGAUCCCGAUGUCCCUGCUGGUGGUGCUCCCGGAACUGGUGCUGGUGCUGCCCCUGGAACUCCUGCUGAUCCCAAUGUCCCCGCUGGUGGUGCUCCUGGAUCUGGUGCUGGUGCUGCCCCUGGAACUCCUGCUGAUCCCAAUGUCCCCGCUGGUGGUGCUCCUGGAACUGGUGCUGGUGUUGCCCCUGGAACUCCUGCUGAUCCCAAUGUCCCCGCUGGUGGUGCUCCUGGAUCUGGUGCUGCUGCUGCCCCUGGAACUCCUGCUGAUCCGAAUGUCCCCGCUGGUGGUGCUCCUGGAUCUGGUGCUGGUGCUGCCCCUGGAACUCCUGCUGAUCCCAAUGUCCCUGCUGGUGGUGCUCCUGGAACUGGUGCUGGUGCUACCCCUGGAACUCCUGCUGACCCUAAUGUCCCCGCUGGUGGUGCUCCUGGAUCUGGUGCUGCCCCUGGAACUCCUGCUGAUCCCAAUGUCCCCGCUGGUGGUGCUCCUGGAACUGGUGCUGGUGUUGCCCCUGGAACUCCUGCUGAUCCCAAUGUCCCCGCUGGUGGUGCUCCUGGAUCUGGUGCUGGUGCUGCCCCUGGAACUCCUGCUGAUCCGAAUGUCCCCGCUGGUGGUGCUCCUGGAUCUGGUGCUGGUGCUGCCCCUGGAACUCCUGCUGAUCCCAAUGUCCCUGCUGGUGGUGCUCCUGGAACUGGUGCUGGUGCUACCCCUGGAACUCCUGCUGACCCUAAUGUCCCCGCUGGUGGUGCUCCUGGAUCUGGUGCUGGUGCUGCCCCUGGAACUCCUGCUGAUCCCAAUGUCCCAGCUGGUGGUGCUCCUGGAACUGGUGCUGGUGUCGCCCCUGGAACUCCUGCUGAUCCCAAUGUCCCCACUGGUGGUGCUCCUGGAUCUGGUGCUGCCCCUGGAACUCCUGCUAAUCCCAAUGUCCCCGCUGGUGGUGCUCCUGGAACUGGUGCUGGUGCUGCCCCUGGAACUCCUGCCGAUCCUAACGCGCCUGCUGGAGUCAUUCCAUCGAUUCCUUCGCUUCCUGUCGGACCAGGCUCUUGGCCUUGGCACAACCGCCCGAACAUUCCAAACCUCAACUGGAGGCCCAAUCUCCCGGGACAAAAUGGCGCCGAUGUCGAGGCUGUUGCUCCUGGCAAUGGACUGAACAAUGGCAAUGGAAACGUAAAUCCUGUUCCUCCCCAUCGUCCACUUCCCUUCUGGCCCAACUGGCAAAACUGGGUUAACAGCUGGCGCACGACUAAGAGGCCAGUGACCGAAGCUCCUGCCCAACCCCAAGAGCCCCAGGUUCCUCAGAACCCCCAGCAGCCCCAAGAGCCUCAGGUUCCCCAGAUCCCUGAACAGCCUCAGCAGCCGGGACAGUCGGAGCAGCCGAGCAACAACAGUCCCGAGACCGCUGAGAGCGUAGAGCAGGCUGCCCCAGCUCCACCAGCUUCCAACGAGAACGCCUCCGUUGAGGAGAGCAACAAGGCCUCUGGCGAGAAAUCAAAGGAUAAGCCCAAGUCCGCCGAAGACCAGUCCAAGGAGAAGGAGCAGGAGCAGAAGAAGCCCAGCUCCGAGGAGAAGGACAAGGACAGCAAGGAGAAGGAGAAAUCCAAGGACUCCAAGGAGGACAAGGACACCGAUUCGCAGAAGGACAACGAGAGCGAGGACGAGCCGAACUCCAAGGAGCGCAAGCAAUACAUCAAGGAUCUGGUCAAGAAGCUAAAGAAGGGCGAUGAGUGCGACGAGGAGGACAUCUAUCCCGAUGUCCGUGACUGCCGCAAGUACUACCGCUGCGAGGUGAAGAAGUCCGGCAAGCACAAGUAUGCCCACUUGCGCUGUGACAAGAAGAAGCGCUUCGACUGGCUCGCCCAGGAAUGUGUGGACAAGGACGUGGCCCGCUGCCUGGAGAAGUAGGCGGAGGACUAAAACGGGGAAUUAAAACUGCUGCUGCAUCCGUAUGAUAAUCUCACUCAAUCCAAACUGUAUUCUCUAUAUUGGCAAUGAUAUUCUAUCCUUAAACCUUGGUCCUACCUAAUUUAUUGCAAUUUAUUUUAAAUACAUAUUAAAAAUAUAUAUUUUUUUCUUUUUCAAAUAAAUAAAUCUUGAAAUUCCUAUAAAUCUGGCAAA